UCUCGAUCCGCUCCCACCCCCCGGGCUUCCUCCGCGCUCGCCCGGCCCGCCGCCGCCUCGGCUGCCGCGGCGUCCGGCUCCAGCCCCGCGCGGGCGUCCGUCACCGCGCCGCGCCGCGGGCCGGACGAUGCCCAGGAAGCUGCUGCUGCUGCCCCCGCUGUCCGCGCGCUCGGCCUCCCGCGCCCCGCGAGCCCGGCCCGCCGCCUCGCCGGCCAUGAACGCCGCCCGCGCCGGCUACCGAGUCUUCUCGGCCAACUCCACGGCCGCCUGCACCGAGCUGGCCAAGCGCAUCACCGAGCGCCUUGGUGCUGAAUUAGGGAAGUCUGUUGUAUACCAAGAGACCAAUGGAGAAACAAGAGUUGAAAUCAAGGAAUCUGUUCGUGGCCAAGAUAUUUUCAUUAUCCAGACAAUACCCAGAGAUGUGAACACAGCUGUGAUGGAGUUACUGAUCAUGGCCUAUGCACUGAAGACAGCCUGUGCCAGGAAUAUCAUUGGCGUCAUCCCCUACUUCCCCUACAGCAAGCAGAGCAAGAUGAGGAAGAGGGGCUCCAUUGUGUGCAAGCUCCUGGCAUCCAUGCUGGCCAAAGCCGGUUUAACUCACAUUAUCACUAUGGAUCUUCACCAAAAGGAAAUACAAGGCUUUUUCAGCUUUCCCGUGGACAACCUUAGAGCCUCACCUUUCCUGCUUCAGUAUAUCCAGGAAGAAAUUCCAAACUACAGAAAUGCAGUCAUUGUGGCUAAGUCUCCUGAUGCUGCGAAAAGGGCCCAGUCCUAUGCGGAGAGGCUACGCCUGGGGUUGGCAGUGAUCCACGGGGAAGCUCAGUGCACAGAGCUGGACAUGGACGAUGGGCGGCACUCCCCGCCGAUGGUGAAGAAUGCCACUGUGCACCCUGGCCUGGAGCUGCCUCUGAUGAUGGCCAAAGAGAAGCCGCCAAUCACAGUGGUGGGAGAUGUCGGGGGGCGCAUCGCCAUUAUCGUGGAUGACAUCAUCGACGAUGUGGAGAGUUUUGUCGCUGCUGCAGAGAUCCUGAAGGAGAGAGGUGCUUACAAGAUCUAUGUCAUGGCCACGCAUGGCAUCCUGUCCGCUGACGCCCCCCUCCUGAUUGAGGAGUCCUCCAUUGAUGAGGUGGUGGUAACAAAUACUGUCCCUCAUGAGGUUCAGAAGCUACAGUGUCCCAAGAUAAAGACUGUGGAUAUCAGUCUGAUUCUUUCUGAAGCAAUUCGGAGAAUCCACAACGGAGAGUCCAUGGCGUACCUCUUCCGGAACAUCACAGUGGAUGACUAGCCUGCAGGUGCCUCGACCCUGGAACUGCAGAGAACAACACUACAGAAGAGCACCACGGUUAUGUGCAGUGUUUGCUGGCAGGGGAGGAUUGAGCAGUCUCUCACCCAGACUGCUUGGGGAGGAGGCAAUAAGAUAGGCAGGGGAGACGUGAGGGAAUAAUCAAGAGGCCCUAAGUGUCUACCCUCUUCCUUAGCAGAACUUGCAGAAGCUCUCUUGAACAGAAGCUGAAAAUCUAGUUGCUCAUGAAUAGGGCUUAAUUGUAUUGUUCACCCAGUGUUUGAGCUCUGGGGAUCACAGGUGUCAUAUUGAACUUGGUCAGGGAAUGGAAUGGCCCUGGCAUUGGUUUUGCCUAGUUGUCCUCUCCCUAGUCAAGCUUAUAUGUCUUUUAUAUAGAGUAUCUUAUUUUUCUUUCAGAAACUACUGUGCCAGCUGGGUGUGGUAGCUUACACCUGUAUCACAGCAUUUGGGAGGCUGAGGUAGGAGGAUCAAGGUUUGAGGCAGCUUGGGCUACAAAGCAAGUUAAAGUCAGCCCAGGCUGCAUAGUGAGACACUGCCUCAAAAAAGUAAGAACAAAAUAAGCUAACAGAAACUGCUGUGCCUACUGUCAUCAGACAAACAUUUGUGUCCCUGCUCCUCUUGAGGUUUCAGUUAGAAAAUAGGUCCCAUCUCUGGGUAACUGCAUUACUCUGAAGUUGCAAAUAAAAAGACUUUUUGUCUC